AUGCUAGAACACAACGUUUCACAGCAGUCUGCGCAGAGUACUCCGACCCGACUACAAAGGUAUCUUUUGGAGAGUGCGGAAAGACAUGCUUAUGAUUCCAACGAUGAAUCGAAAGCUCAUCUUUUACAAGAAGUAUAUCUAUCUUUGCUGAAUUAUGACGAAAACAAUUGGAAGUACUUCUUAAAAGGGCAGCCACAAAGUAUUACAUCAAGUUUUUCUCUUUCUAGCUCGCAACGAGCUGAACCUGAAUAUUUUGAUGAACUACAAAACAAGGGAACCGGCAGUGAAGUUUGUGGCCAUGUUUUCCGAGAUGGCGAAGUUAUAUAUCGCUGUAAAACUUGCGGGAGUGACAGUACCUGCGUAUUGUGUGCACCCUGCUUUCGUUCUACAAAUCAUGAAGGCCAUGAAACGCAUGUUUCUAUAUCAACUUCUUUCAGUGGCGUAUGUGAUUGCGGAGAUCCUGAGGCAUGGAAAGUCGAUCUCCCUUGCAAAAUUCACAGCCACUCAGAAACAAAAGAUGAUAGUUCUCCUGAGAAAUGCAUUCCUGCUGAGCUACAAAAAUCGAUUUCUGAGACAGUUCGAAUUGUACUUGACUUUGUACUUGAUGUUUUUUCUUGCUCAUCUAUCAAUCUUAAAGCCCAACAGUCUGUCGAAAGUGUCUUGGCUGAUGAGGAGGCGUCUCGCCUAAGCACUGCUAAAUAUGGUUCCGUUGAUAAAUCUUGUGAUGUUUUCCGUGUAAUGCUGUGGAACGAUGAAUUUAACACCUUUGAAGGUGUCGUUCAUUGCGUUCAACGUGCUGUGAAUACAGCCAGCGAAAGCUUUGGUUUACAAGUCGCUCAACGGGUAGAUUCUAUCGGUCGAUUUUCUAUUAAAACUUCCACCUCUAUCCAAGAGCUAUUGAGAAUUGCCAGAAUUAUUUCCAGUAAUAAUCUCGCCGUUAAUGUUCGUUCUGCUAGAGAUUUUUUUCGCGAGGAUGACUGCAGUACUUUAUUACACUGGCUUGAGGAUUUGUUAGAUUCUCAUGUCUGCUACUUCCCAAAUUAUAUCCAGACUGUGUUUUGUAAUGAAAUGCUGAAGCAGUGGUCUCCCGGUUUAGAGAAACCCACUGACCCGUCUUUGAACUUUAGCAAUCUUCCGAUGGAAAUUGCUAAUGACGAUGACAGUGAAGAUGAGUUCUAUGCUGCAGAAGAACUCUUGGGAGUCAUUGCCAACCUUGAGAAUAAUAAUCUACCCACUGACAUUACCGACAUGGAAACUGAAGAUAAUGAUGGUGAGGCAGAAACAGCCGGAAUAGAUUUUAACCGAGCUACUGGUGCUGAAAAUGACGAUGAUGAAAAUGCCAUUACUAUGGAUUCAGAAGCAGAGCGCGAGCUGCUACAUGACUUAGACGACGAAAAUGCUAUAGAUUCCCCAAUGAAUGACGUUAAUGACGAACAAGAUGAAGAAGGAGAAGAAGAAGAAGAAGAAGAAGAAGAAGAAGAAAAUACUACUGUUCAGGAAAACAAUGUUACGCAUGGUAAUACUGAACAAGCAACGCCAGAACAAGCUACAACGCCUUUGCCUCCUCCACCAAAUACUGCUCAGACUGUAGUAACUAUAAGACCGGAAUUCAAUCCCCAGCUACUAAACAACUUGCGUCAGAUCAUUACCGCACGCCGAAGGCCUCGUCCCAAUAUGGCUUUUCAAGUUCCUCUUCAAAACUCAUAUUGGCAAAAACCUCCUACUUACAAACCUUCAAAUUUUAAGGAUGUAGCUGAAUCUCCAUAUCUUAGUCUUCGUUUAGAUUAUUUAUUAGUUUUUGACUUGAAGUUUUGGAAGGAAUUGCGGACUCUGCUAUCAAGACUCUAUGUUGUUCCGUUUAACAGAAACUUGGCUUUUAAAAGGCUUAUGGGUAUUAGAUUUGCUAUUCAUUACAAGCAUCUUGCCAGUGCGUUCGUUCUAGCUGAUCGGGAACCUGAUCGUUCAGUCAUGUUCCUUUCGGUUCAGUUCUUUACUACUCCUAGUAUUGCCGAGGCUGUCGUUAAGGAUUAUGAUUUGUUAACGGAUAUUAAUUCAGCCGCGGUUUCUCUUCUUGUGCAACCAAGUGCUGGUGAAACCGAAGGGGUACAAAAGAUAAAGUUAAAUGACCAAGUUUUAAAGAGCCGCCGAACAUUUAAUCUAUUCCACGACUUGAAAUACUUGCUUCAAGUUCCUCAAGUAAAAAAUUUGGUUACUAAAGAUUCUCGCUAUAUCCAUCAGUGGAUAGACUUGUUGCGCGUUUUCCAAGGUAACUCUCCUCAAAAACGCGCUACGCACUCUCAUGUCCAGUGGGAUGUUACGCGUUUAAAAAAUAUUUUCUUGAUGCAUAGAUUAUCGGAAUUGAGUGAGCAAGUCGCUUCGUGUUAUGAGACUGCAUCAAGCAAUGACUUACUUCAGGCUGUUCAGGUCUUGGUAAUUGCCAUUACUCAGCCUAAAGAUGAUGUUUCCGAUCCACGCGAACCGUUGGAAUGUGUUCCUGAUGAUCCGUCUGAUUCAUUCAAUUCCCGGUUUCCUCUUAAACCUUUUUCUGUAUCAGUUGACCCUAUAAGCCUUAAUCAUCCUCUACAUUGGGCUUUAGCGACAGUGCUUUCCUACUGUGAUUCGGAUGUUUUAGGAUCUUUUGAUCAGGAAACCUUUUUUGCAUUGAUUGAUCAUCCAUUGAGAGUAAUUGCUUUCCUGAUGCAGGUAGAUGCUAAUCUUUGGGUUCGAAAUGGACAUAACCUUUUGCUUACUACUCGUUUCUAUCGUCAACUUUAUGUGUACCUUCAAGAAUUCCGUGAGCCCUUCCCAGGAAACAGGGAGUAUACUUUUGAUAAAGAUAUACUAUUGAUUCAGAGAGUGCUUUCGCAAGUAAAUCCUGAUGUAGGGAUGAAGGCUAUAUUACAAAGAAUUGAGUUUACGGAUUGGGUAUUUGAUAGGAAAUUUAAUGAACAUGAGCAUUACGAUUCCGAAAAAAUCCCUAGACUUCUUGGUUCAUUGUUGAAGUUUAUGAUAACUUUAACAACGGAACGUGAAAGCUUAUUGAGAAUGAGUAUUCAAGACACAAUACGGGUUAGAUUGGCCCACGAACUAUGUUUUGGACCUUUAGCUUAUUCGGCGCUUUUAUAUAAAAUUUCAGGCAAUUUAGUUGAAGAUUCAUCAUUUGAUUCCAUUAGAGAAGAGAUGACUAACUAUAAACCUCCUGAUGGGCUUCACGAUUUUGGUUUAUAUACUCUGAAGGAUGAGUACUUUGAUUUAAUAAACCCUUAUAGUUCUUACUAUUCUAAGAAUGAAAGAGAAGAGGCCGAGGCUGUUUUGAAGAAACGCUUGUCUGAUAAAAAGAACAUCCCCUUAGAAGCUGCUGUUAUUGAACCCAACUUCAAGCUUGUAGAGAAGAACGGCCAAGAUAUAUUCUUUGCGCUGGUAAAUUCUGAUGUUUUUUAUCUAACCCUUCUUCGCUCUCUUGAGUAUGCUCUUCUUAUUUCCGCUAAACAGGAAAAUGUGGACGUUAGUGAGACAAUUAUUAAUGAGGUCCUCCAGCUUUGUUUAAUUUCCUCUAGGAUCAAUGACUUUACUGGUUCUACAGCAUUCUACACGAAGUGUUGUCAUGAGAAGCAGUCAGUUUCUCCAGAUGGUGAAGAUACCGGUCCUUCCAGCUGCUGUUUAGCAGAAUUAUGUUUUAAAGUCAUAAAUUCUUCAAAGUUAAAAUCAUUACAUGCUAAAGCUAAUCAUUUCUUAAGUUCCUUGAAAAAAUCCGACUCUACUGCUUGCGCUAGCAUUCUACAACAUACUCAAAUAAACUCGGCAGAUUUAGGCAGUGAAGAGCCAGCUAUUGAUGAGGCGAAACGUGUAGAAGAGAAAAAGCGGAUUGCAUUGGAAAAACAGAAAAAUAUUAUGCAGCAAUUCCGAGCCCAGCAAGCCUCCUUUAUGGCACAAAAUAGUGAUUUUAACAUGGAUGAUGAGGAUGAGUAUGGUGAAUAUACGUACAGACCACCGUUUAAGCAACAUGAGCACCUGCGUGGAAAUUGCUUAUUGUGCCAAGAAAGUUGUAAUGAAGAAGCAGCAUAUGGGAUGCUGGGUACCAUAAAAAAGAGCAAAUUUUUGAGGGAUACAGCGGAUACAAAGCAGGUUCUUCGAGAGCUAUUUGUUAUACCUUCUAACUUCAAUGCGCAAGUACUUGAUCGUCCUUUUGGCGAAAAAACUGAAAAGGUUGCUUUAGAUGAAACGAAGAGCCGCAUUUUGGGAGCAUAUCCCGUUAACCAUAAUAUUGAAGGUCUUUACGUUUCUAGUUGUGGUCAUCUUAUGCACACUCAGUGUUUUAACACAUACACCAGUUCAAGGCUCCUCAGAAGAAGUGACCCUUCAACAUAUAUAAAUGACAAGCAUAAAACUACACCUGCUACUCGGUAUUUUAUGUGCCCUCUUUGCGGUUAUUUAUCAAAUGUAAUAAUCCCCACGACUCAUACACCUAGACUUUGUCUUCGUCUUAAUGAUUUUGGCAUCCAUAAAAAUCUGGAAGCAUUUUUAAGCAGUUUUACUAUUGAAAAUAAUGAGAGUUUCGAAUUUUGUAUGGCUAACACAGAGAAGGACGUUGCUAAAAAGGUUGCUGAAAAUUGUUUAAGCCGUCCUUGGAUUAACACUAAUCAAAGUGCUGUUAUCCAGAAAGAGGAAAACCGUAUGGACGAUAACCAAGAUGCUAUCCAGCGCUAUUUUUCUGUUAUGGAAUUUUCAGCAUCAAAGCUUAGUGAUGACAAUUUGUCAAAAGGAAGCUUACCAGAUGAACUGUUAGAUUCGUUAUGUUAUAGCCUUGCUUCAUUAGAAGUAAUCUAUCGUGGUACACCUAGCAGUCAGAGCCAUGAAGCUCCAGUCUGGAUUAGCAACAUCGGUUCUAUUAAUUCGGCAUUUCUUUUAUCUUUUGCUGAAGCAGUCAUGAAAAGUUUAUGCCAUAAGGUUAACAGCUCUGAUGAUGCGACUUCCGAUUUAAUUAAGACUCAAAAUCGUCAACUUGGCAAGUUGUUUUAUGGAAAAUCAGAUAUUCAGGAAUUUUUGCUCAAAAACCAGAAUACUUUGGAAGCAGGAAGCUUUAAACCUUUGCUUUCUUCAGAUGUAUUCAAUGAGUUUGUUAGAACUGUAUCUCUAAUGAUUAUUUAUGAGAAGCAGGGACAUAUUUCUUAUUAUUCUGAACUUUACUAUAUUGCUAAUAUCUGCAAAAUUGUGGUUGAGACUGCUUGCUACGUCGAACAAACGGAGACUUUUGCCGAACCUUCCAUUAAAUAUAGCGAUGCAGCUAAAAAUGCAUUCUGUCAAUUCUGUGGACAUGUAUUCCGUGCAUGCGGCAUUGAAGAAAAGUGCCACAUUCUUGAAAGCGAAGCUACUCUUCUGAAAUUAUUGACAUUGGUUGAGAAGUUUAUGCUCCCAUUCCUAAGGCGGGUUUCUUUGGUGCAUUACAGUCUUUUCAAUAUCUAUUUUGAAAAGUCUAUUGAUGAAACGUUUUAUGAGAAGACUGAACUUACCCAACUUUGCGAGCUAAUGGAGCUUCCCAUGGUGGAUGAAGUAUAUACAAGGUUGGGAAGUCAACAGUGCUCAGAACAACUGCAAUUAAUUAAUGGUUGGUGCCAGCAUUAUGCUGAAAACGACACAAAAGUCAAUAAACCAAGACUGGAAUAUCCUGGUAUAUACGAGCUUUUGAAGCUUCCAUCUAGGCUAGAGAGCUUGAUGGAUAUAAUGCAAGAAUCUAUUUGCUGCAUGUGUCAUAAGACUCCAAUUUUACCAGCGGUUUGUUUGCAAUGUGGAAGUGUGGUUUGCUUUAGUGCUCGGCAAACUACUACCGCAGCACAAAGACAGCCUGGUGAAUAUGGAAUUAGCGGUGCCGGUAUGGUCGUGCCCGCUCCAUACUUAGACAUACAUGGGGAAACCGAUUUUCGAUUAAUUCGAGGAUGUCCUCAAUUCCUAAGUCAAAAGCGUUAUGACCAUGCGGUCCGUAACGCUUGGUUGCGACAGAUGGUCUUGUCAUCAAUCACCCGUUCUGGAGAUUCAGGCUCAUUGCAGGUUUAUGACAUGGCUUAA